CUUGAAUUGUCUUUCUUUACUUGUCAAUUCUUCAACUCUAGCAUCCACCUCGUGAAAGCGUCGCGACUAACCAUUUACACGAGCACUAUCUCUAACCAUUCGAACACCAACAACUAUCUAAAGUCGCGUAGCUUCCACGAUGUCGGACCAGGAAAACUCCCCUAAUAACGAAGUAAACGAGAAGACCGCGGUCAAGACGUGGCGAGCAUGGAGAACCGUUCAUGAGAUGGUCCAAGACCGAGGAUACGAACUCUCCGAGACAGAAGUCAACAUCUCGCUAGACUCGUUCAAGAACGUCUACUGCAACAUGGACGGCUCUGUCGUACGUUCAAAGCUCAAGUUCUCGGCGCGACCGAGCCCAGAGAUGAUGAAGAAACUAGCCUCUCCCACCACGCCAUCGAGCUCGGAACCGAAGACCGAAGUUGGCACGAUAUGGGUAGAGUUCCACGACGAGGAUUCGCUGGGAGCGGAGCACAUGCGCAAGUUCGGCAAGUUCUGCGCGCAGGAGAACCACAGCACGGGGAUCCUAGUAUCGCACGUAGCCGUAUCGGCCUCGGCCAAGAAGGAGAUCGCCAAAUUCGCCCAGUGGACCUCCAUCGAGUGGUUCCUCGAGGAGGACCUUCUCAUCAACAUCACGCACCACGAGCUCGUGCCCCGUCACGUUCUCCUCAGUAGGGAGGAGAAGGUCGCCCUGCUCAAGCGCUACCGCCUCAAGGAGACACAGCUCCCUCGUAUCCUGCAGAAGGACCCUGUCGCCAAGUACUUCGGCAUGAAGCGCGGCCAAGUCGUCAAGAUCAUCCGCACCAGCGAGACGGCUGGUCGCUACGCCAGUUAUAGACUGUGCGUAUAAACCCGAACCCGAACCUACACCUACACCUACACCCCCCGUGGCUAUCUCUAGGCAAUAGCGGAAGAAGAAGAGAAGGAAGAAAGCUUUGCAAAAUACCGGCGUCUACGAGCAUGACUUGAUUUGGCAGAGGCUGGCGUUUUUUGGUCUGCAGCUCGGGAGAUCAUUCUAAUCUAUCCCCGCAGCUACCCAGAGGUUGAUUUUCUACUAAUCGAGGAAGAGGGGAGGCUUCGCUCUUAUUGCAGUUUGGACAUAGAGCCGCUACACGAGAAAAAGGGAAAUUGUAGUCUAGUAAUUGAGAAUGCCUGUCGAGCUUACUAUGGUAAGUCCGUCUUAGAUGUGGUUAUCUCAGUGUUCUUAUUACUGUUCUAUCGCGAGUAAUUAGAUGUAGGCAUAUCAGAGAUAUUUAUACCAAGGCUCCUCCGUUCUUUAAC